AUGCCGUUCAUAGCUCUUCACAGCUUCCUAUCUGUUAUUCCUUUUUCUCAUUAUGUGUCCUCAAAAUAUCAACCUUCCUUCCAUUCGUUCAGUGUUUUUAUUCUCAUUUCUGUUUCUUUUCUUUCCUUCUCUCACAUUCCUUCUUUCAUUUCUUUUCUUUCACUUCAUUCUUUCCUUUGUUCUAUCUUACUGUCAUUUUGGAUUCUUUCCUUUCUUCAAUCAUUCCUGAUUUAUUUAUUUUCUUUCUUUCAUUACUCCUUCUCUCCUAUUUCCCUUUCUUAUUCGUUUUCUUACCGACGAUAUCUUUCUUUCUUUCUUUUAUCCAUUUUUGUUUUUUUUUGUUAUUCAUUUCUGCUUCAUGAUUCGUUUAUUCAUUUUAAAUUUUUCUUUCUUUUUUCUUUCUUUCCUUUUGUCUUUCUUUUUCUUUCUUUCUUUUUUCUUUUAUUCAUUUUUGCUUUCUUUGUUUCUGUUACUCAUUUCUGCUUUUCUUUCUUUAAUUUUUCUUUCUUUCUACUUUCUUGUUUCUAUCAUUUUCUCACCCAUGCUUGCUUGCUUUCUUUCUUUCUUUCUUUCUUUCUUUCUUUCUUUCUGCAUUUUGUUUUCUUUUAUUCAUUUUUCAAUGUCUCUUUCUUUCUUUCUCCAUUUUGUUUUCUUUCUUUCUUUUAUUCAUUUUUCAAUUUCUUUCUUUCUUUCUUUCUCCAUUUUGUUUUCUUUUAUUCAUUUUUCAAUGUCUCUUUCUUUCUUUCUCCAUUUUGUUUUCUUUCUUUCUUUUAUUCAUUUUUCAAUUUCUCUUUCUUUCUUUCUUUCUUUCUUUCUCCAUUUUUCAUUUUUGAUUUCUUUCUUUCUUUCUUUUAUUCAUUUUUCAAUGUCUCUUUCUUUCUUUCUUUCUCCAUUUUUUUUUCUUUAUUUCUGUUAUUCAUUUUUGAUUUCUUUUUUUCAAUUUCAUUUUUCAAUUUCUCUUUCUUUCUUUCUUUCUUUCUUUCUUUCUUUCUUUCUUUCUUUCAGUUUCCAUUGCUAUUCUCUUUAUUCCUUUCUUUUAUUUCGCCAUUUCCCUUCCAUUAUGAAUUUUCCUCCUUAUUUCUGUUUUUCCCUUCUUUCUUUCAUUCCCUUUCUCUUUAUCCUGUUUUUGGCUUCCUUCCCAAAACCGAAGCUCUUUUAUUUUUUUUAAUUCUUUCUUUGCCUCUUUUUCCUCCAUCUAAAUUUCCUUCUUCUUUUCGUUUCCUCUCUUUGGAAGAUGACAGCUACCAUCCUCCUCUUUCUCCCUUGCCAAUGCCACGCGGCAACAGGUGCCGUCUGACAAGACUCCAGCGAGAAAGUGUUCGGCAACACGUGCGUAGAACCGAGCUGUCCAUUACGGCGAACCACAAUAAACAUGCAAAAACAAUUCCUUCUUUAUUUCUUUUUGCUUCAUCAUCGACUCAACGACUAAAUUAUAUCACAUUAUACAAAAUGAAAUCAAACCAUACCGAUCAAUCUAGAUACCUGUUUGGGAGCAAUCAGACUGCGUAUGACUGGCGACAUCUAUCUAUCUAUCUAUCUAUCUAUCUAUCUAUCUAUCUAUCUAUCUAA